AGUUAUUAACAGUGGUGAGAGCACCGAAUCGAGCAUCUCGGCCUCUCUUUUUCUCCGCCUUUCCCUCUCCGUCGUCGUCGCCUCCGUCUCUCCGCUUAUUAACCCCCUUCUCCCGCUGAAAGAAAGAAGUGGGUGGGCACAUUUCGUUUCGUUUUCUUCUUCUUCUUCUUCUCUCGUCUUCUCUCUUCCCCUCCCCCUCUUUCCUUCCUGAGUCCCAUCCCCCAAUCUCCCACUCCACCCGGAUGCUGUUGUAGGAGCAACCAGCACAGGUAGAUUCCUCCGAACGACGAUAAAUAAGGGGUCUCUGCCGGGAUGGCUUCGAGGAGACCGUCGUCUUCCUGCCGGUUCUUGUCUCUUUGUCCGUUGUUGCUGCUGGUGGUGCUGGCGUUGAGCCCUUCGGCUGGCGCCAACGGGGUGUUCAAGGUGCGGCACAAGUUCCUCGGCCGCAAGCCGUCCGUCGGCGAUCUCCUCGCUCACGACAGCCGGCGCCACAGCCGCAUCCUCUCCUCGGUCGAUCUCCCCAUUGGCGGUCUCGGCCUCCCCACCAGCACCGGGUUGUAUUUUGCGGAGAUAGGUAUUGGGAAUCCGUCCAAGAAGUACUACGUGCAGGUUGACACGGGAAGCGACAUUCUCUGGGUGAAUUGCAUCUCGUGCAAGCGUUGCCCUCAGAAGAGCGAUCUCGGUGUUGAGUUGACAUUAUAUGAUCCAAGGGAGUCGGUGAGCGGGAGCUUGGUAUCUUGUAAGGAGAACUUUUGCGUCUCCACGUAUGGUGACAUUCCUGGCUGCGCGGCGAAUUUGCCAUGUGAGUAUCGUGUGGUGUACGGGGAUGGGAGUUCUACAGCUGGUUUCUUUGUGACGGACUCUGUACAAUAUAAUCAAGUGUCCAGUGAUCACCAGACAAGACCGGUCAAUGCAAGUGUUACAUUUGGGUGUGGCGCUCAACAAUCCGGAGAUUUGGGUUCAUCGAAUGAAGCACUUGAUGGAAUUCUUGGGUUUGGGCAGUCAAAUUCAUCCAUGAUCUCGCAGCUGGCUGCUUCUGGAACUGCAAGGAAGAUAUUUGCUCAUUGUUUAGACACUAUAAAUGGAGGAGGACUUUUUGUUAUUGGACAUGUAGUGCAACCGAAAGUGAAGACAACACCUUUGGUGCCUGAUCAGCCACAUUACAAUGUCAAUAUGAAGGCAAUUGAAGUUGGUGGGGCUAUUCUAGAACUUCCUACUGAUUUAUUUGACACUGGAGACAAAAAAGGGACAAUAAUCGAUAGUGGAACAACAUUGUCUUAUCUACCAGAGGUAGCCUAUAAGGCACUAAUGAAUGCGAUAUUUUCCAAAUAUCCAGAUUUGAAAUUCUACAACAAUCAGGGGUUUCUUUGUUUCGAACAUUCUGGAAGUAUAGAUGAUGGAUUCCCAGAAGUUGUUUUUCAUUUUGAGAACUCACUUUUGCUGAAUGUAUAUCCUCAUGAUUAUCUUUUCGAGAAUAGGGAUAAUAUCUAUUGCGUUGGCUGGCAAAACGGUGGGCUGCAAUCUAAAGAUGGAAGAGAUAUGUUUCUUCUGGGAGAUCUAGUCCUAUCAAAUAAGUUAGUUCUUUAUGAUCUGGAGAACCAAGUCAUUGGAUGGACAGACUACAAUUGCUCCUCGAGCAUCAAGGUCCGGGAUGGCAAGACGGGAGCAGUUUUCAUCGUGGAUUCUCAUAAUCUUUACUCUUCUGGCAAAAGAUUGCAGCUGGGAGGGUCCAUUUUGUUGUUGUUGCUAACCCUUCUGUGUGUUUUUUGAUUUGUUGAAACGGCAACAGCAAAGUUGAGUUUGCCCCAUUCAUAUUCAUUUAUAGAAGAAAUUUCUUUGCUCUUU